AAAGCGGGGGUGUCUAUUUAAAAAGGGCAUUGGGCAGCGAGUGAACAGAUUGUGAAGCAGAGAGAGACGGAGACGCUGCUCUCUCUCUCUGAUACUCCAGGUUUCACAACUUUUUCAGCACACAACUUUGUGUUUGCAAUUUUUGUUUUUGCAAAAAAAGAAAGUACUUUUUUAAAGGAAGGAGAAAAUAAAAGGGGCAAUUUGAAAACUUCUGUUUGGAAGCAAAGUUUUGGAGAAGUUUUUGGAAAGUUGGGGAAAGUUGAGUGUUGUUUGCAGUGAGUUCAGGAGGCUCGGUGCUUGUGUCUCUGUGCCUGUGUGUGUGUGUCUCUGGGAGCUGCUGGAUCUGACCAUGUUAUUGUGGACUAUCUCGCUGUUGCUCCUGGCUGGGUGCAGCUGCUGUCAGGCACUGGGGCCGAUGGUGAACUGUGAGCCGUGUGAUGAGAAGGCAGAGUCCCUGUGCCAGGCACAGCCUGUGGGCUGUCAGUUGGUGAAAGAGCCGGGCUGUGGCUGCUGUAUGACCUGUGCCCUGACCGAGGGCCAGAGCUGCGGGGUCUACACUGAGAUCUGCGGCACAGACCUCAAGUGCCUGCCCAAGCCGGAGGAGGAGAAACCGCUGCACGCCUUGUUACACGGCCGUGGGAUCUGCCUGCCCGCCCGCAGUUACCGGCACAGCCAGGAGGAGGCAGCCGCCGCUGCUGCUGCACCCCAGCCCCGGCCAGUGAAGGACCCUCCUGAGACAGAGGAGUCGAUUUCUUUGGACACGGCUGAGGAAGGUUACAGUUCCAAUCCAAUGCCCAAAAAGCACAGUCGUUUGCCUAACCACAAGGUGGAAGCAUUGAACAAGGAUCGCAAAAAGAGGCUGCACAUUUCCAAAAUCAUCUCCUCCUCGGAGAACACAUCCCACGACCGACGUCUCCCUGGCCACAAGCAGGAAUCAGAACUUGGUCCUUGCCGCCGACAAAUGCAGGUGGUGUUGCAGAACCUGAAGAAAGCUGCCUACCUGAGUCCACAUGAGGUUUAUAUCCCGAACUGUGACCGUAAAGGCCUGUACAAAAGGAAACAGUGCAAGCCCUCGAAGGGGAAACGACGAGGCCUGUGUUGGUGUGUGAAUAAGCAUGGACUGAAACUGCCUGGCUCCGACUUCAAGCACCGCGACUUUCAGUGUCACAGCUUUGAGAGCAACUGAUGUCACUGUGUCGUUGAAACCCUCAGGCAACAUGUUAAGCUCCUCUCCAACCAACUGAGCUAUCUUCUCACCAGCUGGGUGGCUGACUACAGAUUAUAAACCUUUGGCAGUGAGUGCAUCAAAGUAUAAUAAUUUAAACAAAAAUUGUAUGUAAAGAUUUUUCGGGGCAUCGGAUUGGUUGAACCUGCGUGAGCUUAUUAUUUUGGCUUUUCAAUCUCUACCAAAGAAACACGUUUCAAUUCAGAUUGGAUUUGGGAAGAAAAUGCUGGAGGAUGGGGUAAUAAUGUCCUCUCUGUAAACCAUACGGCCUUUCUCAUCACGAGUUAAGGAGAUCUUCACCCAUCCAAAAAAAUGCACUUAAAGAAAGAGCCCAGGCCUUCAACCCGAUCUUUCACCAGACACGCGGACACGGACCCUAUAGAGCUGCAGGGAUUUGCAUCGGACAAGGGACUGGGGACAGCCAUUGUCGGGAGUGACCUCCUCCUCACUUUCAUCUGAGCCCUACUGGAGCUGGAUGUGGUAGGGGGAAGGAGGAUAGGGAUGAGUGCGUCGGGAGGUUGCAGGUCUGGGAAU